AUGGACUUUGCUGAAAUUAUUUUCGCUUUGUUCAUCGUCGUUGUCGCCGUCGUCUCACUGUUGUCAAACUUGUUGGUACUGUUAUGUUUCGUUCACAGCACCGAGAUCCGCCGGCAGGUUCCCGGUGUCUUCACCAUGAACUUAUCCUUCUGCAACAUCCUCAUCACUGUUUUAAACAUGCCGGCCACCCUGGUGGGGAUUAUCCGGAACCAGCAGCCUUUUGGAGAUUGUGUGUGCCACACAGUGAGCUUUCUGGAGACUUUUCUCACUGCGAACACGAUGCUGAGCAUGGCGGCUCUCAGCAUAGACCGGUGGAUAGCGGUGGUCUUCCCGCUCAGCUACUCCACCAAAAUGCGCUACAAGGACGCGCUCAUUAUGGUGUGCUACUCCUGGCUGCACUCCUUCACCUUCUCCCUGACGGCGCUGCUCUUCUCCUGGGUGGACUACAGCCACGUGUACGCGUCCUGCACCCUGCAGCCUCGCGAGGAGGGCAGCGACAGGGUGAAGUUUACAGUGUUUACGGUGGUUUUCCACGCCACGAGCUUCAUGCUCUCGCUGCUCAUCCUGUGUUUCACCUACCUGAAGGUGCUCAAAGUGGCCAGGUUUCACUGCAAGAGGAUUGACAUAAUCACCAUGCAGACUCUGUUCCUGCUGGUCGACAUUCAUCCCAGUGUAAAACAAAGAUGUUUAGCUGAACAAAAGAGGAGAAAACAGAGAGCCACAAAGAAGAUCAGCAUCUUCAUCGGCUCCUUCAUCAUCUGCUUCGCUCCUUAUGUCAUUACAAGGUUGGCAGAGCUUCUACCCUUCGUGGAUAUCAACCGUCGCUGGGGAAUCAUCAGUAAGUGCCUGACAUAUAGCAAGGCUGCGUCGGACCCCUUCGCCUACUCCCUCCUACGUCAGCAGUACAAGAAAGUCCUGGUUACUGUCGUCAACCGGCUGCUCCGCCGUGACCUGUACCCUUCGUCUGGCCAUAACAGCUCCUUAGACACGGAGAACGACUACUGCCUCCAGAGGAUCAGUUAA